AUGCCCUCCCGAGACACUUCACGGCUUCGAGACCGCCGCGGUACACCACAAAAGGAGCCUGAACAGGCGAAUGGAGGGAAGGUAGCUGUCGCGAAGAAGGAGAGGACCUUCAUGGAUCAGUGGGUGGAGCCCUCGCUGGCUUCGCAGCCUUCUUAUCAGGAUCAUCACGGAGCCCCCUAUGGAGUAUUGGAGCAUAUGCAGCCCUUAGGCGAAGCGCCGAAUGCCAAGGUGAAGAGUAGAGUAAGAUCGGAUGCACCGCGGAAGUCUGUAAUGGGGCGAAGCUCUGCCGCGGCUGGUUUAGAAGCUCAGGAGACUCCUGAAGGUACACCCACACCACAAGCUGCUCCCACACUACAGCCAAGUGAGCCGGCACCACCUGCACCACCGGUCGUGGAUGAUGAGCGGGAUGAUGACUAUGCGCCUGUACCCAAGAAGAAAGGUCCAGCAAAGACACUACGAACAACACAACGGCGAAGUGACGCAGCAGCACCGGCCCCUGGACGCGUAGAAGCCGGCUCCAGCAGUCGAGGCAAAGGUCAACCUGCGACUGGUAAGGUCAAGGGCAGAAUCUACGAUCCACCCAAGAUGAAGCGUGUGGUAGAGGCUGCUAAAAGUCGCGCGAUUGAGGUGGGCAAGCCCGAUCUGGCAGCAGCAGUGCACGAAAUCUGGCUCGAGUCACUAAACAAUUCACGUCUUACUGAUCUGCUGGAGUCUAUCCUAAUGCAGAAAGCAUCUACAUCACAAACACAUGAAUUUCAAGGCUACGUGAAGCGUGCUAAGAGACGCCUCAAAGAAGCCAAGGAAAAAGCUCGGAGCGGUUCGGCAGCCAGCACAAAUGGCGCUCAAGCCUUGCCUCUGCGUUCACCUUCUGCAACAAAGCUCCUACCAACACCUUCCGCACAACCUCUCACAUCAGCCUUGCCAUCAACUGAGCCCUUGGACACUACAAGACCGAAGCCUACCAUCAAGUUAAAGUCACCAGCCAAGAGUAUCAACGGCCGCCACAAAACUGGCCAAGGUAGCACUAUGAUGGACUCCCCAGCCAAGUCUCGAACGCGUGCUGGUAGUGAGUCUUCUGAGCUCACUGAUCUAACCUCGGAAGGCGGAGAUGCUGUAGACGCGGACGACCAGGAUGAUCUCGGCGAGGGCCCACCGCCAAUGUCAGCAUCUACCAAUGGCCUCAGAGGCAAGGACCAUGCUGCGGAGCGUGGCAGUCUUGUAGCUCCAGACCGUAAACUCAAGAGGUCUUCUGCAGAGGCCGAUUUUGAGGACGCUGAGCAGGAGGCCAUCACAGCUAAGAAGCAGAAAUUGAGUCAGACUGUGACGCGCGAAGUACCACACGAGGAGAGCGACAUGCGAGAAACCCCACGUGCAGCUGCAUCUACUCAACGGCGAGCAGGAGCAACGAAGGAAUCACGUCUGGCGCCACCAUCGUUACGCCUGAAUCCAAACGGUAGCCGGCCGGCGGGUUUGAGAGGCAGUAGAGAUCCAUCAAUGGAUCUGGAUUCACCACUGUCUGAACUAUCACCAGCAUCUUCUAGGAUGAGCACACCGAGAGUGCUGAAGAUGCCACGCCUGCCACCAAGCAAGAGGGCGAAAACGAAGACAUCGCCCGAGAAGAAACACCUGGCAGGCUACGGCGGGUUGUCAGGCGCAGGUGGCGCAGGGAGGGAAAGCCCAAUCGGGGAUGAUGACAAUGAAGAGCUAUCAGAAAACAACGACUUUUGCUCGGCGUGUGGCGGCAGUGGAUUCCUACUAUGCUGUGAUGGCUGCGACCGCUCUUUUCACUUCGCCUGCCUGGAUCCGCCGUUGAAUGAGGAUGCCAGCGAGCUCAACGAGCCAUGGUAUUGUUUCAUUUGUGUGGCCAAACGGCCGGUCACCACUGAGCCAACAGACAAGCCUCAGCGCGGGCUAUUUGCUCCGCUGCUGACGAGUCUGCGUAAGCUGAAUCCGGCCACCUUCACGCUGCCACAAGAGGUGCGCGACUAUUUCGAAGGCGUGCAGACGGAUCGGCAUGGUCAUUUCAUCGAAGCUGUCAACGGCAAAACUCGUAAUCGUGCUGGAUAUGAUGAGCUGCCCGACUACUAUAAGCUGAAAGAUAGUAAAGGCAAUACGGUGCUCUGUUAUCAAUGUAAUCAGUCGUCACAACCAUCACAGGGCCAACCGGCGCGGUCUAUCGUCCAGUGCGACUACUGUGGCGAAAACUGGCAUCUAGACUGCCUUGACCCACCACUCGCCAACCCACCUGCACGCAGCUGGGACGGCAAGAAGAUACAUGACUGGAUGUGUCCACUACACGCUGACCAGGAAUUGCGAACAGUGGAUGCUAGUAUGCUAGUUCCACGUCGAAGAUUGCACGUGCGGAGACCACGAAACGCUAGGGUCAUUGAUGUCUCCUUGAACCGUGGCUUCAAGAAUAAUGGCGUCGUCGACGUUAUUGAGGAUGACAGUGAUGAGACCGACUCGGAAUUCUACGACGAUGAGACGCAAGAAGAGGGCGUGGUCUAUCGCAUGCCAGCGCACGGCAUCAAGCUAGACUUCAUUGACAAGAUCAAGAAUUCUCGCUACCAGGCAACUCGCGAUCAUGCAUUGCAAGAUCAUCCCGACAAGCGUGCACGCCUCAGCACACAUCACCCGCCUUCUGCUCUACAGCAGGCCAAUUUUGCUCGACGACCUUUCGCUGAGCAGCAACUGGCGCUGAACCUAGCACAGUUUGCUUCUGCCAACCAAGAUCUCGACCUUGGUAGUGACCAGGUGGAAAACCUCAUCGGCACUCUUAUCGCUGAGGCUCCCACGGAAAUCGUCGAUGAUUACACGGCUGUCACAGUCGCUGUCGAGGGCAAGAUUGACGUCCCAGCCGUGCCACUGUCGCCACCGACCUCGGAACAGACCGAUCAAUUGUCUGCGGAGCAACGGAAGCAGCUGCUGGAAUUGCAAGAGCUCAUCCGUCGCAAGCUUGAGAGCAGUAAGACAUGA